GCCGUAAACAACUAAUGGCUGCCAAAAACAUUUGAAAACUCUUUGAAUGUCUUACAACUGGUCCUUCAGGUGACAAAUGAUUGCCGGAAAUAAUGCUUGAACUCUAUGAGCACAACAAAGCCGAUUGCAUCCGACUGUUGAAUAUGAUUAUCUGCGAAAUCCCGUUCAUCAAGACCUUCAACGAUGACUGCCUUCUGGAGCGGCUGCUGAACCUGAUCUCGAUUAUCACCGCCGCCUUCGACGGCCACACCGCCGGCGCAUCCCUUCAUGACCAGCACGAGGCCAUCGACACCGACGAGGAGCGCGAGCUUUCCAUCAGGGAGUGGCUGCUCAGGCACUACAACAGCAAGUGCUUCAUCGAUGACCUCAACUUCGGCGAUCCCGAAGACCGCACACGAGUUACGGUUCUCAUCAUUAAUAUACUCUUCAAACUCAGACAUUCACUCAAAGACAUCGAGCAGUACCUCAAGGAUUGCGACUCUUUCGUCCAAUUCGACCGACAGCUCAACCAAUACACAAGAUUUGACAAACUGUUGGAAAUGGUGUCCAACGACUGCAACAAAUGGAGGUCUGAAUCGCGUGAAUAUAAAGUGAAAUUAGAAGAGACGAAGAAAUUGAUG